GAUACCUAGGCAACGUCCAGCGUUUUCGUGGUGCAAGGACUGUGAUAAGCCAGAUAAGGAAAGACAUGCAGUACGAUAACCCCGAUAAACCCCACUCACUGUGAUACUGGCCCCACACUGAUUUUUUUCUGGCCGCUACCCUUGCCGCCUCAACUAUUAUUAUUAUGUACAGUCAGUGACAGUGAAUCGACCCAUUGACCGCCAUACGUUCGACGGCGCAAUCACGGGAACCAUCAACGAACGAGAGCCUCCCCGGGCCGAACGCGCGAGCACGACAACUACGAAAAGGGUCUCCUGGACGGCAGCCCCCGAGCCCGCAUAGCUCCUCUAUUUUCGACCUCGGAUUGUGUGAUUCGAAGUGCGUUCGUCGCACCCCAACAGAGUCGCAACUAUGAAGACCACCUGGAAAGACAUAGCACCCGUGCCGACGUCUACGGAAUUCUUGGACAUCGUUCUAUCGCGAACCCAGAGGAAACUUCCGACACAGAUCCGCAGUGGAUUCAAGAUUUCCCGUAUCAGAGCAUUUUACACCAGAAAAGUCAAGUUCACGGCCGAGACCUUCGUCGAAAAGCUCUCCCUGAUCCUGGAUGGCUUUCCUAGGCUUGCAGAUCUUCAUCCAUUUCAUAAGGAUUUGAUGAAUACGCUUUACGAUGCCGACCACUUUCGCAUCGCCCUGGGACAGCUUGCUACAGCCAAGAGUCAUAUAGAAAGCAUAGCGCGCGAUUAUGUCCGUCUACUCAAAUAUGCGCAAUCUCUUUAUCAAUGCAAACAACUAAAGCGUGCUGCUCUUGGUCGUAUGGCUACUUUGACGCGGCGUAUGAAGGACCCCCUACUCUACUUGGAGCAGGUUCGGCAGCAUUUGGGACGUCUGCCUUCUAUAGAUCCCACUGCACGGACUCUGUUGAUCUGUGGUUUCCCUAAUACCGGAAAGAGCUCUUUCUUGAAAUCCAUUUCGCGAGCUGAAGUUGAAGUGAUGCCUUAUGCCUUCACUACCAAGAGCCUGUUUGUUGGUCACUUUGAUUAUCAGUACCUUAGAUUUCAAGCGAUAGAUACCCCCGGUGUUCUCGACCACCCAUUGGAAGAGAUGAACACUAUUGAGAUGCAAUCCAUUACGGCUAUAGCACACCUCCGGGCCGCAAUCCUAUAUUUCAUGGAUUUGUCUGAGCAGUGUGGUUACAGUGUGAAGUCACAGUUGCAGCUGUUCCGGAGUCUCAAACCUUUGUUUGCAAACAAAUUGGCUUUCAUCGUGAUCAACAAGAUUGAUAUCCUAAAACGUGAUGACCUGGAUUCGGCUACUGCUGCUGAGCUUGAUGAACUCAUCUCAUCUGCCGGGGUUGAAGUCCUCGAACUCUCUUGCAAUACAACUGAGGGAGUCCAGGAGGCCAAGAAUCUGGUUGCUGAUAGACUUCUAGCUCAUCGAGUCAGUGAGAAAGUAAACGCUGGCACCAACGCCAGUGGCGUUAUUGGCAGCCGACUGGCCGAUGUAAUGGCCCGUAUCCAUGUGGCUCAACCUACGGAGGUACGAGAGAGCUUUAUACCUGCAGCAGCUUUGGCGAAAAAGAAAUAUGAUAAGGCCGAUCCUGACCGCCUGAUGCUUGCGAGGGAUGUCGAAGAAGCGAAUGGUGGAGCUGGUGUGUUCAACGUUGACCUGAAGGCUGAUUAUCUCUUGGCGAACCCCGAAUGGAAGUAUGACAGAAUUCCUGAGAUACUGGAUGGCAAGAAUGUUUACGACUACGUCGAUCCUGAUAUUGAGGCCAAAUUGCAGGCCCUCGAAGAAGAGGAAGAGAAACUAGAGGCUGAAGGAUAUUAUGACUCGGACGAGGAGAUUGAUGAUGUCGAGGUGGCUGAGAUUCGGAGAAAAGCCGACCAGAUUCGAACCAAGCAAGCACUUAUACGCAACGAAUCGAGAAUGCGCAGAAUCAAAAACCGGGCCGCCUUACCACGCAGUGCUAUCAAGAAGCCGCUUUCACAGCUUGAAGACUCGCUCGAUCAGUUGGGUGUUGACACAGAGGAAUUGCAACUACGGGGCCGCUCACAGACGACUAGCCGUGGCCGUUCUACGACACGCAGCAGGCUGGGUACCGAGGAUUCUAACGCUAUGGAUAUUGAUCAGACCCCAAGAGAUAGAUUGCGAUCCAAGAGUCGGGCAAGAAGUCAGCCGGCGACCAACCGUCGCGAAGAUGGUGUUGUCGAUGUAGAGACUCGCACGAAGGCCGAGAAACAGGCGAAGCUUGCUCAGAGAAAGAUGAAUCGCAAUGCACGACAAGGAGAGGCCGAUCGGCAUACAACUGCCUCGCUGGCUAGACAUUUGUUCUCAGGAAAACGAUCCAUCGGCAAGGCGUCCCACCGUUAAGUAUUCAUGGAUGCUGCUAUCUGUGUUAACGUGGAUAUGUUAUACGUCAUGCUCUUAUUCAUGCGUAGGAACUAUCUAACCACGCAAUACCUUCUGGGGGAAUGCAUAAGAAUAUCAUCCUUAUACUAUAACUAGGUGCAGACGGAUGAAUCCUAUUCAAAGUCUUGUAAGCCUAUCCUUCAUAGGAGAGGAGAACGUCCGCACCCAUCAUAGACUUUUGGCAUGUUAGACAUGAUCAGGUGGUUGUGUUGUUUGUGUGCCAUGGUAAAGAAAAACGGCGGGGGAGAACAGAUGAGCUUCGAAGACGAUAUCAAUGAAUCAAUCAAUUACUGGCGUUCUGGACUGGGAAUGAGAAAUUUACUCUUUAUCUUCUUUGCUUCAAUUUGAUAGAACAAACCAAAGGG